UCUGCUGCGUUGUCCCUCUGUGGCCGAAGUAAAGCGGCUCCAGCAGCAUCUUGUGUGGAUUCAGUUAGAAAACGGUUGUUUUCGUGUUUCAGCUGAAUAUCUCAGCAACCAUGUCUUCAUUUCAGCAUCUGAGGGAUUUUAUCAGAGAGAGACUAACUGCUGCUGCGGAGGAAAUCUUCAUUCAGGUGGAAAAAACCAUCGUCCGCUACGAGGAGGACAUUAAACUGCUGGAAAGCUGCUGGAAACCGCAGAUAAAACUCACCAGGAUCGACGACCCAAAGCAGCAGGUCUGCAGGACGGAGGAGGUUCUGAACCAGGAGGAACCAGAACCAGAAGACGACAAACUCUCUGACGCAGAACAUGUCCUGUCUGAAGAGGACAAGGAAAACCAAGAAGGUCCACUGAUGAGCGAAGGUCUGGAGGGUCUGGAGCCAAACCACAGGGAACCAGAACCAGAACCGCCCCAUCAGGAGAGCGGGCCUGAAGAACCGCGGCUGCAGGCGGUGGAGAUCUGCAGCGGUCAGCAGCUGCCACCGGACUGCGACGCCUUCAUGAAACCUCUGUCAGAUGAAGAGUGUGAGCUGGAACCAGACAUGGAUCAGAACCUCCCUGGUUCUGACCAGGACCGUUUUAAAUCGGAUCCUCAUCAGAUCAAAGAGGAUCUAGAACAACAACUUCAGGGAACAAAAAAACAAAAACGUCUUCCAGCAAAGUCCAACAAAUCUCAAAGGAAAGUCAGAAAGAAAGAAAAUGUGGUUUUUUGUGCUACAUGUGGGAAAAGGUAUUAUUAUGUAAAAUCUCUAGUGACGCACAUGAGAACCCACGUAAAGCUGUACUCAUGUGAAACCUGCGGGAACAAGUUUAGUUCUGCAGAGGCCCUGAGCCGCCACAUGGGGGAGCACAGCCUGGACCAGCUCCACUCCUGUGAAACAUGCGGGGAACGGUUCUAUCAGGAAUCUGCUCUACUGACGCACAUAAGAGACCACAGCGAUGAGACACCCGACCCAUGUGAAGUAUGUGGGAAAAGGUGCUUGACUGGGAAAGCUCUGCUGGUCCACAUGAGAAGCCACGGUGCUGAGAAGUCCUACUAAUGUGAAGCCUGUGAGAAAAGGUUGAUCUGAUGCUCUGGUUUACGGUCACAGCUGAGAAACUUCACUCAUGUGACGUUUGUGGGUAAACUUUUCCCUCAAAGCAGCAGAAUGAGGGACUCAAUGAUCCUCAUAUCAGAGCUAAUUCAGCCAUUCACUCAUAUUCCUGUUGGUCUGAACUGUGUUGUUAAACCAAAAGCAGCCAGAAAAGCUCCAUAAAACUCCACAACUGAGAAUAAAUAAAACUCCACUAAGGUGCAUGAGAAGCUCCAUGUAUGUGAAACGUGGCAUAAACUGCAAACUAAUGAAACUGCAGAAAUACAACUCAUGAUAUUUGUGAUGAUUGUUUGAUGGUAAAUGAAUCAUAAACAUGGAGACGUUCCUGAAUGUUUACUGGGUUCAACCGGAACCUCAGAUUGUUCUGCUGGAUCUGCUGUUACAGAUUAGUUUCACUUUCUCUUUAUUCGAACAGAGGUGACAUCACAAAGGUCAAAGGUCUUUAGGGUUCUGUGUUCCUCAGGGUUUGUUUUUCAGUGUUGCUGACCUUGUUGUUCUGACCUGUGAUGAACUUGACCCUCUGCUCCCCGUGGCUUGAUUUUCUGUUUUCAGGUUAUUUUUCAUGUUUCCAUCACAUGAAGCUGUUUUGUCAUUUUACUCCGCGGCUCUUUGUUUGCUGUGGUUUUGUUUCUGACCUGUUGGUCAAACAGUCCUGGAGAGUCGUUGACCGUUUCCAUGGCAACGGUUUUUAUUUCUUAAACCUUUUAACUGGAUUUUAUGAGUAAUUGUCAAUAAUAAUUUGAUACUGUUUGGAAAAUAAAAUAAUAUUGAUAAUAUAAAAAGGUCUCUGUAAACUCAGUUGUGAUUUAAAAGGUUCUGAUCUGUAAAUGUUGUCAAUCAGUUGUUUGGAUGUGUUUUAUGAAAAAGUUAUUAAAUAUUAUUGAAACUCA